AUGAAGGAUUUGGGUCCUCUUAAUUAUUUCUUGGGUAUUGCUGUUAAUCGCACUUCUACAGGCCUCUUUUUCUCUCAACAACAGUAUGCCUCAGAAAUUCUUGAAAAAGCUGGCAUGUCUCAAUGUAAUCCUGUUGCUACUCCUGUUGCUACCUCCGACAAACUUUGUGCUAAUGCUGGUUCUUCUUGUGACGAUCCUACCUUGUAUCGUAGCUUAGCUGGAGCUUUGCAGUAUCUUACUUUCACCCGCCCCGAUAUUUCAUAUGCCGUUCAGCAAGUUUGCCUUUAUAUGCAUGAUCCUCGCAUUGAACAUAUGGCUGCUAUUCACCGCAUUCUUCGCCAUGUCAAGGGCACUCUUCACUAUGGUCUGCAGUUAUAUCGUUCUAAUAUUUCAACUCUUUUGUCCUAUACCGAUGCUGAUUGGGGUGGCUGUCAUGACACUCGCCGCUCCACUUCUGCUAAACGCCAACCUACUGUUUCCAAGUCUAGUGCUGGAGCUGAAUAUCGUGGAGUUGCUAAUGUUGUUUCUGAAACUUGUUGGAUUCGCAAUUUACUUCUUGAGCUGCACUGUCCUAUUACGACAGCUACUCUUGUCUAUUGUGACAAUAUUAGUGCCGUUUACUUAGCUGGUAAUCCAGUCCAUCAUCAGCGCACUAAAUUGUUAGAAGAUAGAAGGCUCUUGUUAUUAGAAGGUGUGUACAAGCAUGGGAAGGAAGCAGAUUCAUCAGCAAAAACUACUGUUUGGUUCAAUGCAACAGUAUUUGUAACUACACCUAAGUCUUCAUUAAACACGUAUCCAUGUUAG